AUUGUGGAUUGGUCAAACAAGAUUUGAAUUAGCAAAAGGAAUGGGUGAAGAACCUACAAUGGAUACUGAUAUAAUAAUGCUGGAAAAAAAUGUGGUUGGAGAACUAAAAAUCAAAGACGAACAAGACGGUAAUGAACCAAAUAAUGAAAGGAUAAAUAACAAUGAGAUAAGUCACAGUGAUGAAAUUAUGAAUAGGAGGGAUAGUUUGCGAGUGAGAAAGAAGACCAUAUCGUACUUUGAAAAUGAAAUGCAGAACGUGAGACGAUGCUCCCGAUCCUCAUCAAAAACUACUUCGAAAAAUAUUCAUAAGGAUCAGAACAGUUUAAAUCCUGGUGCAACUUUCGUUUUAGGAAAAACCAACUUGAAUACGAAUAUUAGCGAGUUCUUGAAAAAGUUUUCGGACGGAUGUUGUGUGGGUCAGUUGCUAGGGCCGGAGGGACAGGCAGUGGAGUAUGAAUGUGACAUGUGCAAUCAAGGAUUCAAGAGCGAAAAUCAUUUGCGCGAGCACAUCAAGUCGAUGCACUGUGACGUCAUCUACGAGUGCGGCUUUUGCCAGCAGUCUUUCAAUAGCCGCAAAAGUUUUAUUGAACACGUUGAUUCAGUACAUCUAAAUUUAAAGUUUGAAUGCUCGUUCAACGAUUGUGAUGAGAAAUUUUGUCAAGAAUCUGAUAAGGCUGCGCAUUUGAAAAGAGUUCACAAACAGUUUGUAUGCUUGCAAUGUGAUAAGAUUUUCAAAUCAGAAGGCGGCCUAUUCACACAUAACCAGACAAACCAUUUGGGUAUCAGAUUUGUUUGCUUGGUUUGCAAUGUCACUUUUACACAGAGAAGUGGAUUAAAAGCGCACAAUGAAACAAUUCAUGAUAAAUCUAGUGUGAAUUGUAGGUUGUGUAAAAAGACAUUCACUAGUAAACCUCAUUUAAGAAUACACAUGAGAUCGAUCCACUUGAAGAUAAGACAUUUUUGUGAGCUGUGCUCUAAGAGUUUUUCUCAGAAAGGUGCAUUGCAACAACAUACUGUCGCAAAUCAUUCAGGGGUGGCGUUCACAUGUGACUAUUGCAACAAGUCUUUCAAUCAGAAGAAGAAGCUUGCAACUCACAUACAACUGAUUCACGAGGGCAAGAGGUAUACGUGUGAUAUAUGCGGGGCUACAUUCGGCUGGAAAGAAAGUCUGAAGCAGCAUUUGCAGUGCAUCCACCAGGGCAUUAGAUAUCCUUGCAAGGACUGUGGCAAGAGUUACAGGGAUAAGCAACGUCUCAACCAGCAUGUUGCGCAUGUGCAUCUUGGAAUCCGCAAGUACCAGUGUGAGGAAUGCAACGUCAGCUUCAGCCAGCCGGGCAACCUCAAACAACACAACCUUUCUGUUCAUGUCGGUCGAACAUUCGAAUGCCAUUUCUGCGAGCACAAAUUCAAACAGAAAGAUGGUCUGAGAAAACAUAUAGAAACUUUACACAACGCCGUGAUUUAUACUUGUACUGAUUGCAAUGGUACUUUUAGCACCAGAAAAGCUUUGAAACACCACCUUUGCAAACGAAGUGGGGAAGGUGAGAAUGCCCAAGUAUAAAAAUUAAUAUAUUUUUGUCAUAGUGCAAUACAUACACACUUAUAGGGGAAAAUGUGUCUUAUAGACCUAGUCAUUGUUAUAUUUUAGUAAUUUUUCAAGAUUUAUGUUUUAGCUUCAUAGUGUUGUUUUACUUGGUCGGGUAUUCAAUGUCAUUAAACAAACUUAUGUUUAGCUAUUCAAGGUUUUCACAAUAAUCAUUGAUGGGCUCGUAACAAUAAUUAUAUUUCCAACAAAUCUUGUACAUAUAAAGACUUAGUACAAUUCACAAAUCUUCCAAAAAAUGAAAUAUAUUUUUCAAAUUACAAUGCAAUAAAAUUAUAAUUUAUUUUUUUUACUCCUUCAUAUUUGCUAAUGAAGCAUCAAGAUAUACUCCACUUUAAUUAUUUCAAUUACUUUAUAAUAAUUUUUAUUUUUUACUUUGAGCAUUUAAUUAUACAUACCUGAACUUUAGUUUGAAAGAUAUUUUUCAAUGGCUCUAUUUAAAUUAUACUUAUAGUUUGUAAGUGAAAAUUGAGACAAAUUAGUGGUAAGAUGGAGGAAAAUCAAUUUUUCGAGUUGACUUUUGUUCUUAUUUUAAGUCAAAUAGAUAUCGUAUACUGAGAAUCUUAAUCUGUCGUUUAUACUUCUUCGACAAAACAUUUUAGAAAGACUGUCGGAAAGUUGUAGAUUGUAUGACUCCUAUCAGUAAGUGACAACAUCUAGCAGCGAAUAGUUGUAAUAAUUAUACCCCAAAAAGAAAACAAAUCAAAAUCUUUGAUGAUUGGUUGGAGGGUAUUGUAAUUGUAGGGUUGGUUGUAAUUAGACGCUAUUAUUUUCUGUGAUUGUCCAAUAAUUACUACCUUGGUGCAGAUUCUGCUUGAACUCGCUGAUAUUAUCCUUUUAAAUACCGUACAGAUUUUGGAGUGUGAUUAUUCUCCUGACUAUCGAGACAAUAUCAAUUGUCUUCACGGAGUACAAUUGUCAGAUUUCUUUGUAUCAAAACUUUGAUUUCUAUUCAGAGCAGUGUUAUUUACUGAGAUAAAACCAUAUAUCUAGCUUAUUCUAUUGCAUUUAAUCUGAAGAGACCCGAUCGUAUUGAUGUAUUAGUAAAUCUUCAUAUAGAGGGAGGAUUAUUUCCAUUUGAUACACACCACUUGCUGUAUAGAACAGUAGAUUCUAUCUACUAUCAUAUAUCGGAUUAUUUUAUCAAGUAAGUUGAGUUCAUUUUUACCCCUGAAUCAAUAAGUUUUAAUAAUCUAUCUGUCAACUAACUUUAAUUAUCUUGGGAAUUGUAAUAGCAGUCAACUUUCACUUUCACUAUGGAGAAUAUAUUUUUGUUGUCAAGCGGCAGGUCCAGUUGGUUUGUUCUAUUUCAUGUUUAUAUACGUCUAGUUCUAUCUAUGUGUUCCCAUAUUGCAAAACGAAGAAGUAUUGCUUGACCUUUUAAUUUUUCAUUGACAAAAAUGAGUUUCAAUUCAGUAAACAUUUUCUGAAUUCAUACAUAUACGUUACCUUAUAAUUCGUCAUUUCAUUUAUUUGAAAGCAAAACUUCUUUUCGCUUCUUUAUUUCUCUGAAAUAAAAAUUUGAAUUCCCACUGAAA